AUGAGGGAAUUGUUUCAACAAUCGAUUCAAAUUUACCUUCGACACCGCCGCCCCCUCGUCGGUGUCAAUUUUUGUUGUUUUUACACGAUUUCAAGCAUGGCUUUAUCCACAGUUCAAAUUUUACUUGUCUUGAGUUGGAUGUUUGUAUGUAUUGCAUGUCAGCCUGUGCCAAAAAAUGAACGGAAAAUUGUUUGUUAUUUUUACACAAACCACAAGCCUUAUGAAGGAGACCUUCCCCCAGAACUUAACCCAACUCUGUGCACUCACAUCAUAUUUAUAGGCACUGGUAUUGUUGAUGGCAUUGUCAAACCUGGCAUGCCUUCUGAUAUCAAUAUGUACUAUAAAAAGAUUCCAUUACUGAAGAAAAUAAAUCCCAAAGUCAAAGUGUUGCUCUGCAAUGGGGGAAAUUUCAAUGAUGUUCUUGCUUCUGCAGCUAAUCGAGCAAAGUACAUCAAGAGUGCAUUAGCAUUGCUCAGAAAGUAUGGAUUUGAUGGAUUUGAUUUGGACUUUGAGUUUCCAGCUUGGUAUUUACCCAAAGAACAAAAACAUAACUUCACCUUGUUAGCAACAGAACUGCAUGAUUUGUUUGCUGAAGAAGCAAAAAAGACCAACCAGACAAGAUUGUUACUCACUGCUGCUGUUGCUGCCAUACAAUCAAUAACUGAUGCAUCCUAUGAAGUGCCUGCCCUUGCUAAAGCAUUGGAUUGGAUCAACUUGAUGGUCUAUGAUCUUCAUGCCUUUGCUUACUAUGAUCCUUUCACUGGUUUCAACUCUCCUUUAUAUGCUGAACCUCAUGACAGCCUGAUUUAUGGUAACAGGUCUAUUGUUUAUUCUGGAAAUUACUGGAUCUCAAAAGGGAUGCCCAAAUCAAAAGUGGUGAUUGGAAUUCCUCUCUAUGGACAUUCCUACAAACUUUUGUUUGCAUUUGAUCAUGGCCUACAUGCACCAGCCUCUGAUCGUGGACCUAAUGGUGGUUAUGUUAACUAUCCAGAUAGUUGUCAGCUUUUAAAAUCUGGUGCAACCCGUGUAUUUCAUGAACAUUGCAAAGUACCCUACAUGUACAAAGGCAAGACAUGGAUCAGUUAUGACGAUGAACAGAGCAUUCAAAUUAAGGUUAAUUGGAUUAAAAAGAACGGCUAUCCUGGAAUUAUGAUAUAUAACAUGAAUGCAGAUGAUUAUCUGGGAAAAUGUGAUGGCAAAACUAAAUUUCCACUUUUAAAGGUGGUCAAUCAAUUCAGAAACUGA